CAUCGGCUUACCAAAACAAGAACUCCUCCACUCUCUUCAUCAAUCACUCAAACACAAACAUUGACAGCUCUAGAAACUGAAGAAUAUGAAUUGUCAUGAAGCUUAUCUUCUCUCUUCUGCUCCCAAUCUCACUGUUUUCCUUAUAAUAAUUGUUCUCUUAGUAGUACUCUUUCCAUACUCUUCGGCUUCUUCCCUGGACUCCUUCAUGUACGUGGGCUGUUCUCAGAUCAAAUACAGUCCCGGCAGCCCCUACGAGUCCAACGUCAACUCCAUUCUUGCUUCACUAGUCAACUCAGCCUCUAUCUCCAGCUUCAACAGCUUUAAGAUUUCCCUCCCCGGCUCCACGCAGGCCGACGUCGUUUACGGCCUCUACCAGUGCCGCGGCGACCUCACCAACCCCGAAUGCCACCACUGCGUCGCCAGUGCAGUAACUCGACUGAGCACCUUCUGCGUCGGCACGUCCGGCGGCGCCUUGCAGUUGGAGGGGUGCUUUGUUAAGUACGAUAAUACACCAUUCUUGGGCGCUCAAGACAAGAUUGUGGUAUCAAAAAAAUGCGGGCCGGGGAUUGGGUAUGACUCCGACAUGUUGACUCGGAGAGAUGCUGUGCUGGCGUAUCUAACGGGUGGUGGACAGUAUUUUCUGGAAGGUCGGUCGGAGAAAGUCCAGGGCAUGGUUCAGUGCAUACAGGAUUUGAGUAUGAACGAGUGCCAGGAUUGUUUAUCGGAGGCUAUUCAACGGCUGAAAAGUGAAUGUGGAUCGUCACCUUGGGGGGACAUGUUCUUGGGCAAAUGUUACGCGCGGUACUCGGGGAAUGGCUAUCCGUUCAAAAGCGGUGAGCAGCUCCAUCACCGGAGAUGGUGGUUCACUGUUUGUGCCUUUACGUUGUCUUUAAUCUUUGUACUAAUAUUAUUUUAGGAGUUAAAUGCAAUUUACCUCUCUGCGAUAUAAAAAAU